AUGAAAUUACUGCCAGGGUGGUUAUCUCCUCCACUUGGGAUAUACCUACCUUGGUCUUGAUUUUUCAGUCUGUCAUACUAACAUUUUAUUUCCUAUUUGAGGGGUUUAUGGUUCAUAGAAGUGUUAGUUGGACAGAACCUAGACCACAAAGGGGGGUCUCUGAUGGUGUGGAGAUUGUUUUAUGUGGAUGUGAUUGUGUAUGAAGAUUCUUAUGAGACACAAUGGCAGAGGAGGUGAAGGUGAAGGUGGGGCUCUCGGGCCCUCCUCCUAUGAAGGCGGGCUUCCAGUAUGUCAACCCAGGACAGGAGGAUCAAAUGGAAAUCAGUGGUUAUCGACCGAGUCUGGUCAGAAAAGUCAUUGUUUGGUUUUUCAUCAUCAUCACCGCUGGCCUUCUUCGUCUUGUAUUCUACUGGCUGCCACACAUCUUCAUUAAAUGUACUCACUCCAAAUGUUCACUUCCAGAAGCCAAAAUCGUCAUACUUAGGGAUCAGUACCUCCAAUGGUUUGUGUCCACAGUUCAAAUUUCCAGUAAAAAUGGACAACCAACAACAAGCGCUAUGAAGGAUGGCGUGGCUGGGAUCGCCUUCAGUAAGAGUGCCUACAGUAGCAACACACCACUAAAAAUGGCCGACUCUAAGACAUCUACAGCCUGUGAAUCAGAAGGACGCGUGUCGGAGGUUGAUCGAGUUUUAGAACUGACUCGGAAUCUCGUCCGCUACUUCAUCACUAAAAGAGUAAAAUAUAUCUGGGAUCCUGAUUCUCAAACAUUUAAAAAAUUAGAAGGUUUAGAAAAACAAACAAAAUGUUCCUAUUUUCAUGCAUGCAAGGGACUGACCUAUCAACAGCAGCAGGAACGAAUGGCCAUGUUUGGUACUAACUCCAUUCAGAUUCAUGUUACACCAAUCAUAAAACUCCUUUUUAAAGAGGUGUUGUCACCUUUCUACAUCUUCCAGUUGUUCAGUUGUGGCAUCUGGUUUGCAGAUGAGUAUUACUACUAUGCCAGCUGUAUCGUUGUCAUCUCAGUGGUCUCCAUAACAGCCACUAUAUACCAAACCAGAAAGAUGCAAAGAGCAUUAAGAGACACCAUAGAAUCAUCGACAAUCGUGUCCAGACUAAGUGGAGAUACUUAUGUAGACGUGAAUUCGGAUGAUCUGGUGCCUGGCGACAUUAUUUCUAUCCCACGGAAUGGCUGUUUCAUGCAGUGUGACGCCGUGCUUCUGACAGGAAACUGUAUCAUUAAUGAGAGUAUGCUCACAGGAGAAAGUGUACCAGUGACUAAAACUCCAUUACCCAACCCUAAAAUGUCCAAGUCACAGGAGGAUAUCUUGUUCAACCUGAAGGAUCACGCGAAACACGUUCUGUUUUGUGGCACACACAUCUUACAGACCAGGUUUUAUGGCUCCCAGCAUGUUAAGGCUGUGGUUCUGCGGACAGGAUUUUCAACAGCAAAAGGAGAACUGGUGCGUUCCAUCAUGUUCCCAAAACCUGUGGACUUUAAAUUCAAUAGGGACACAUACAUAUUUGUCGGCAUACUGGCAGCCAUUGCAGGGGUCGGAUUCAUUUACACAGUAGUAUUGAUGGUGCAAGAGUCUGAGGCAUUUGCAGAUAUUUUCCUUCGUUCCAUGGACUUGAUCACGAUAGCCGUGCCGCCCGCUCUGCCAGCUGCUCUGACCAUUGGGAUUGUAUUUGCUCAGAGACGUCUGAAGAAAAGUCAGAUUUACUGCAUCAGUCCUCGAAGUAUUAAUGUCAGUGGAACCAUCAAUGCUGUUUGCUUUGAUAAGACGGGCACUUUGACAGAGGAUGGCCUCAACAUGCAGAGUAUUGUUGGAGUACAAGAUGGCUUGUUUACUGAGGAGCUUCACGACAUCAAGGCCCUCCCACAUGACCAGGCCCACCUACUGCAUGUCAUGACCGCCUGUCACUCUCUGACCAUCAUUGAUGGAGUGCUCAGUGGCGACCCACUAGAUCUUAUUAUGUUUGAUGCCACAAAUUGGGAAUUGGAGGAACCUGGAGAGGAAGAGACCAGUAGAUAUGACAUGAUUGUCCCUACCAUAGUCAGACCAAAAGGAUCCAGAUCCAGCAACAAGGAGCUGUUCGAUGAAGAGUUCAAGCCAAUGCAUGAUGAAAUAGCCAUCAUGAGACAAUUCACGUUUACCUCCAGCCUACAACGGAUGUCUGUCAUCACAAGAAAACUCGGAGCUCCCAACUUUGAACUCUUCACUAAAGGAGCUCCAGAGAUGAUUGCCUCUCUUUCUAAACCAGAGACCGUCCCAAGCAAUUUCCAUGAGGUUCUUAUAAAUUACACCAAACAUGGGUACAGAGUUAUUGCCCUUGCUUAUAGAUCUUUUCCAACAAAACUAAAGUACACAAAAAUACAGAGGAUCCAAAGAGAGCAAGUAGAGAGGAACCUGACUUUCCUUGGAUUCUUGGUGAUGGAGAACAGGCUGAAACCAGAAACUACUCCCAUCAUUCACAAGCUUCUGGACGCCAACAUCAGGACUGUCAUGGUAACAGGAGACAACAUGUUAACAGCUCUGAGUGUGGCUCGGGAAUGUGGGAUGGUCGGCGAAAAUCAGAGGAUCAUCCUAGUCCAGGCCUUUCCCGGAACUCCUGGUAAGAAGGACCCGUGGCUGGAGUACAUGUAUACGGAAGAUCCGGACGACCAUGGCCAUGACAAAUCUACUAAAGAGACGAAAAUUAGCAUGCCCUUUGAUUUCCAUACAGAUUCCUACUACCACUUUGCUAUGGAUGGAAAGACAUGGGCCAUCAUCAGAAAACAUUUCCCCCUGAUACUGCAGAAGAUCUGUGUACGAGGGACGGUGUUCGCUAGAAUGUCACCUGACCAGAAAUCACAAUUAAUAGAAGUUCUGCAGGAGUUAGGGUACUUUGUCGGGAUGUGUGGGGAUGGGGCUAAUGACUGUGGGGCCCUCAAGACGGCACACGCUGGAAUUUCACUGUCCGAGGCAGAGGCUUCUGUGGCAUCUCCAUUUACGUCAAAACAACCCAACAUUGAAUGUGUCCCAACACUUAUCAGACAAGGCCGAGGAGCUCUGGUGACUUCGUUCGGAAUUUUUAAGUACAUGGCCUGCUACAGUUUGACUCAAUUUGUCACCGUCUUAAUUCUCUAUUGGAUAUUUGCCAACCUGACAGACUUCGAGUUCCUAUACAUAGAUUUGUUCCUGUUGACAUCGCUCAGUGUCACAUUUGGAUACACUAACGCGUACGACAGUUUGUCCAAGGACCCGCCCCUGGUUAGUCUCUUCAGUGUCGCUCCCGUCUUAUCCAUUCUACUCCAUAUGGGAAUACAGACUGCAGCUCAGGUCUUCUGUUAUUUCAAUGUCCAGGACCAGCCAUGGUUUGUUCCCUAUAAGAUUAAUGAGGACGAUGACUACACAAGUUACGAGAACAUGGCAGUUUACGUCAUCUCGAUGUAUCAAUACAUCACACUGGCAAUUGUGUUUUCCAAAGGAAGGCCUUAUCGAAAAACCAUAUUCACAAACUAUUUUUUUUUGGCUAACUUGUUUGUAUGCAUUGCCAUGACCGUGUGGCUGAACAUCUACCCAACCGAUGAAGUAGCAGAAUUCUUUGAAAUGAAGCCAGCUCCUUCAAUCCCCUACAGAUGUGUAUACCUUGGAAUUGCAGUCAUCAACUUCUUUUUGGAUUACUUUUUAGAGACAUUCAUCAUUGAAAGUUAUUUUGUGCAAGAACGUGUACAGUGCUGGAUAGAAGACCUUUUCUCCAACUCCAAGUAUCAGUACGAAAUAUUAGAAGAAGACAUCAUUAAAGACAAGUCCUGGCCAAAUGUGUCCUCGGAAGAAACUCUGGCCCAAGCCUUUGAAAGACUGGACAGUCAGCAGGUUCGAGAUUUUGACCAGAGUAGCCUGUUAAGCAGCUUGCUGGACUCGGCCAGCGAGACUCAGAGUAUCCGAUCACUGCGAUCACUGGAGAUAGAGACAUCACAAAGAGGACCUGUGUUUACUAGAGAGGCGUCUAAUGUCAGCGAUGACAUUUACAUAGACAAUGACGAUGAAUCACAAUUAAUUAAAGCGGUCUCUCCAAGUCUGGAAGGAGUGGACAUGUUUCCUGACCUCGAUUUGGAGGAAGAAGUGACCAACACUAGUGCCACAAAUAAGUGACCGUUAGUCAACAGCUUAAAUCCCUUUGAAUUGUAACUUUUAGACAUUUUCAUAUAGUACUUUGAUAUAAUUUUAGGAUAGUAGAUCAAUAUAAUUUUAGUGAAUAGAUUUAUACAAUUUUGUCAUAUAAUUUUCAUCAUAUAGUAGAUCUAUAAUUGUAUCAUAUAGUUGAUCUGUAUAUGAUUUGUUUACUUGACUGUAUUUAGUACAGACAUAAACUUGCAUAUAUAUUUUAUCAAAUAAUUUUUACAAAGUCACUUUCAAAUUUCUAACUAGGCAAUGCAAUACAUGUAUAUAUGUAUAUAUAAAGCUUCUGAAGAUGUAAUGAAAGCGCUAAAGCUUUA